UUUAUUACUCAUCCAGAGAGAAAGGAUAUCAUAUCUUAUUAAAUGCAUCAAUUCAACAUCACUACUCACCAGCUGGUACAUAUAGUCCGUUAUAUGGAGCAGCUGUGGAUUAACGUUUGUGUAUGGAGUGACACGAAAGCAACGAUUAAUUAAUAGCUCAUCUAUUACUUAAUAACUAUUAUUAAUUAGAAUUAUUUUAUUUUCCAACUCAUCUCGGUGGCAAGGCAAAAUCGCAUUUUAUUACGGUCUAGUGACUGUGAGUCUAUCUUUUGUGACAUUGUAAAUUGUAUGCUAUAAUAGUCUAAUGUUAUGUUGGGGUUAGAGUUGAAUUUGGUUCAACUAUUUACUGCAUGCCUAUGUGAUCAUGCAUGCAUCAAGAAGUCAAAUUGCCCAUGCUUCUAAUUUAAAAUUGACAGUACACUAGCCUAGAGUACAGUAUAUCUGCCUUAAUACAUGUACAUGUGAUUGUAUGUAUUUAGUGGUUUGUUUAUAUUUAGAACAUAUCCAUAUAAGGAGGUUUGUUAUGAUAGUAAUACAUUAUAAAUCAAUGUGUUGAGUUAAUCAUUAAGUGCGUAGUGUACUUCAUCCUCUUGUGCCAAGAAAGCACUAUAUAGCAAGGAUGGCUACACCACAAGUACAGUCUGAACCAGAGUUAGAUCCACCAGAGUUUGUUACAAUAAUGGAUCCUGUCCAUGGAUCCAUACAACUUGAUAAAUAUUUGUUUAAGAUUAUUGAUAGACCAGAAUUCCAGAGACUGAGGAAGAUCAAGCAAUUUGGCGGAGUAUAUUAUGUGUAUCCUGGUGGUGUUCACACAAGAUUUGAGCAUUCUAUUGGUGUUUGCUAUAUUGCUGGUCAACUGGUCGAGGCACUGAACAAGCACUGUCCUCCAGAGGAGGAAAAGUUACAUGAAUGGUUCACACAAGAAGAGAAGAUGUGUGUACAGAUUGCUGCAUUGUGUCAUGAUAUUGGGCAUGGACCUUUCUCUCAUGUUUAUGAUAUUGCUGUCAAAGAAUAUUACAAAAAAUUGAAAUCAAAGCAGAAAAUGAAAGAGUUUAUAACAUCAAAAGAAGAUGAAUAUGGUGACAAUGAGAAAGUGGAUAGCUAUGUGGAGAAAGAAGAAUUACCAAAAAAAGCAAAACACGAAUAUAGAUCUGCUCUUAUUGUGGAACGCAUGAUGGAGGAGCUGACAUUCGAUAAAAGGUUUGAAAAAGACAAGAGUCGUUACAUCAAACUUAUUCAAGACAUGAUUACUUUUUCAGAGCAAGGUUUUGACAAUGCUGAAGAAACACUACCUAGCAGAAAAACCUAUAAGCAAAAAGCAUUUCUUUUUGAAAUUGUUGCUAAUGAAUUCACUGGUAUUGAUGUUGAUAAAAUGGACUACUUUGCUCGGGAUGCUCGUAGUAUAGGACUACCUAAUAGUUUUGACUGGAGACGCUUCACUCAAACAGCCAAAAUUAUUAAGUGUGAGGAUGGCUUUCACCAUAUAUGCUCAAGAGAUAAAGAUGUCUCAUCACUCUAUGAACUGUUUCACACAAGGAAUGUUCUUUAUCGUUCUGUGUACAAGCAUAAGACUGUAGUUAUAGUCGAAGAUUUAAUCAAGAGUGCUUUAAAAGAAGCCACCAUCCAAGUUAAAGUAGGACAAAGAUCUUACCCACUUAUAAAAUGCUGGCAAAACAUGGAUGCAUUUCACUUGAUUGAUGAUUCAAUUGAAGAUUUGAUAAUGAAGGAAAUACAAGUGAUUACAGCAAAGCCUAUGCAGUCUCAACAGCUACAUAUAAAGAAAGCUAGAAUCACUAGUGAAAGUCCUAGAAGACAUUUUAGUAGAAUAAAGGACAGAAAAUUACCAAAAUUUUUGGGACGUACAAAAAAGGCAAAGCAUGAUGAUGAUAUAGAAUCAAAACGUAAAGACAUUGCAAUAUGUACUGCUGACACAAAAUCAGAAAUUAAAACAAUUGAAAAGAGACUUAAGCCACUAACUGUGAAAUUCAGUUAUGGAAAGGGAAGUAAAGAUCCCAUUGAAUCUCAUUUCUUUUAUGGGAAGUUUUAUCCUCAGCAUCCUUUUCGCAUUCCAAAAGAAGAGGUAUCCAAGAUCCUUCCAUCUGAUUUUGAAGAAGAGGAAGUGUUUUGGUAUUAUGAUAUGAAAGAUGAUCAUGGUGAUGAAACUAAGGCAAUUGUGUGGGAGUGUUUAAACACAGAUAAACUUCCAACUGAAUUAAAAAGUGCUUUGGAAGGAAGUUAUACCAGAAAAAGAAAAUUACACGAAGAACAAGAAGAAUAUACAACAGAUAAAGAUUUGAGAGAUUUUAAAAGAGUCAUUAAAAGAUAUAGGCCCAAAUGAACUCAAUUCAAAUUUCAAUGGUUGCAAGUUUUGCUGUUCAUAUUUUAAAUAAUUAUAGUAAUAAAAGGGU